AUGACGGUGGCCCAUUCUAUUGUUACAAUUCUGGCCGCUUUCAGCAGCCAGGCCGGGCAAGGAUCUAGUGAAGAGAAGUAUCGCUACCAAGAUGAGGACGUUCCACACGAUCAUAGUUUACCUCGUUUAACUCACGAAGUGAGGGGGCCAGAACUAGUCCACGUCUCUGAGAAGAACUUGUCGCAGAUAGAAAAUGUCCACGGAUAUGUCCUGCAGUCCCACAUUUCUCCUCUGAAGGCCAGCCCUGCUCCCAUAAUUGUCAACACAGAUACCCUGGACACAAUUCCCUACGUCAAUGGAACAGAGAUUGAAUAUGAAUUUGAAGAAAUCACAUUGGAAAGGGGUAAUUCUGGCCUGGGUUUCAGUAUUGCUGGAGGAACAGAUAACCCGCACAUUGGGGACGAUCCUGGAAUAUUUAUUACCAAGAUUAUACCAGGAGGAGCUGCAGCAGAGGAUGGACGACUCAGAGUCAAUGACUGCAUCUUGAGGGUGAACGAGGUGGACGUCUCUGAGGUGUCACACAGCAAAGCCGUUGAGGCCCUCAAAGAAGCUGGCUCCAUAGUGCGACUGUACGUCCGUCGAAGGAGGCCGAUUCUGGAGACGGUGGUUGAAAUCAAGUUGUACAAAGGACCCAAAGGGACAGAGUAUCCAGUAAAUAAUUACAGUUUAGAAGAGGUAACGCAUGAAGAAGCAGUAGCAAUAUUGAAGAAUACAUCCGAUGUAGUUUAUUUAAAAGUUGGAAAGCCCACCACCAUUUACAUGACAGAUCCUUAUGGCCCUCCAGAUAUUACCCACCCUUAUUCCCCAUCAAUGGAAAACCAUAUACUGUCUUCAGGCAACAACGGCACUUUAGAAUAUAAGGCGUCUUUGGCCCCCAUUUCACCGGGAAGAUAUUCGCCUAUCCCAAAGCACAUGCUAAUGGAGGAUGACUAUAACAGGCCUCCUGAACCCGUUUACAGCACUGUGAACAAAUUCUGUGAUAAACCACCUUCUCCUAGGCACUAUUCCCCUGUCGAGUGUGAGAAAAGCUUCCUCCUUUCAGCUCCCUACCCCCACUACCACAUAGGCCUGCUCCCUGACUCUGAGAUCAUCAGCCAUUCCCAACACAGCACAGUAACCCGGCCGCCUACAGUGAGCAUACAGCGGAGCAUUUCCUUAGAAGGAGAACCUCGCAAAGUUGUCCUACACAAAGGCUCAACAGGACUUGGUUUUAACAUCGUAGGGGGAGAAGAUGGUGAAGGCAUUUUUGUAUCAUUCAUCCUUGCAGGCGGACCAGCUGACCUCAGUGGAGAACUACAGAGAGGGGAUCAAAUUUUAUCUGUGAAUGGGAUUGAUCUUCGUGGUGCUACUCAUGAGCAGGCCGCCGCCGCGCUGAAAGGAGCGGGCCAGACUGUGACCAUGAUUGUACAAUACCAGCCAGAAG